AUGUUGACCUGCUGCUUUUGCAAUGCCGAACUCAGUUCAGAUGACGAGAUCCCCCAACACAUGCACUCUCACUGCAGCCCCGACUCCAGCCCAUUGACUGUCACCAUUUUUUAUGAGCACCUCCAGCUUCAAGAUUUUGGAAACAAGGGCUGGAGAUGUCCACAAAUGUCCUACAACUUUAUGGGGUUUUCGCUGGAAAUGUCGAAACACUUGGCAGAGCACUAUGCCAGUCCAGACUGUACCAUGUUCCCCAAAAAACUGUCUCACAGCCAGUCCUCACAGAUCAAGGACAUUUUCACAGAGAGAGGAAAUACCAGUACCUCGCUACUCACCAAAGAACAAAAGUGGGCUGCUUGUGAUGAGGUUACUAAUCCCGCACACACCAAGAAAAUAUGCAGUGUUCAGGGACAGCAGCUUCCCAUGAAGCCUUCAAGCUCAGGAAGUGGUGACAGGCACAGUAAAGGCAAAGAUUCUAUCAUGGCACGAUUGCGACAGUCUAGUAACGAUAGCCCCACUCCCCAUUCCGGCUCCUCAACCAUGCCCUUCGAUUUCAUAGGCCGUCAAAGGUUCACUAACACUCAAUCAAUGGGUGCCCCCCACCCUCCUGCUUCUCUGCCUUCCUUGCAUGAAUGGGAGAAAGACAAAGUGGGAGAGCUGACCAGAUACAACAGCGCCUCUUUGCAGUUGACUCUCAGAUGCUCGGCCAUGCAGGAAAAGGUGACGAAGACAGUGCAGGUGACACAGCAUGACCUGGGUGUGGUGUGGAUGACAAAGCCAGCAAACCACAUGAAAGAGGUCGAGUUCAUGGUCAAGGAGAUUGAGCAUGUCAUUCUCGUGAGAAAGAGAACUGAGUACAAUGACUUGUACAGGGCGACGUGGAGAAAAAAGGGCAGCGAUCGCAUUGCGCUGGUAUGCACCAUGUGUGGCAUGCCGAAGAGCUCAUGGGAGGUGACCAAUCACUACAUGAAGAAGAGCAGUCAGCACGAUGUGUGCAGAGAUGACAAGGCCCAGAGCUGGUACAUGGAGUUGGGGUACAUCAUCUUCCGCGUCCCACAUUUCAAACAAGAGGUCUUUCGAGCAUUGGGGUUGCCCAUCACAGAAUUCGCUGACAUCACAGAGUGGGCAACAUACCUGAAGAAAACGACAACGCGUGUAUUGAACGAUUACCCCACUGACCAAAACUGCUCCAACUUGAUUGACGCCAUCUUCGCGUUCAAGACGCUCUUCAUGGACGAUAACAGGAUUGACCAUAGCAUGAUGAAGCUCAGCCAAGCCGUGGAGGAAUACACUCGUGCAUUUACAUUGUCAUUGCUGAUAGGACACGCCUGA